AUGAUUGAAGAUGUUGAAGCAGAUAAUUUGGAUGCACCUGAUGAUGGCCCAGACAGCCCACCACCUGUUGACUUUUCCCAUGUUUACCCCCACCCAGAUAGCAAAACUCAUUGUGUCACCAUUGAAGAAGUUGAGGAUGAUGAUGCUGGAUGGGCACUGCGUGAGGGGGAGACUAAAUUUGAAGGAUAUAGGAGAUAUCAAGAGGAAGAUGGCGAGGAUCCAUGUUCUCCCUUUGAAGACGUGGAAGAGUGGGAUUUGGCCUAA